AUGUCACCCCCUGAACAUGCGCCACAGUCCCCGGCAGCCUUGGCUUCAUGGCUCGAGUCAAAAUACUCUGUCACACCCAAUGGCUUCUUACCCUCGGCAGAACCACUAGCAGUCCUACCCAACACCUACUACCAGCCCUGGGAGACACUGGCCUCUUCCCUGCCCAAGCUCCUGCAGAACAACACCUUCCGGGCCCAUGUCGACGCAGAGUUGCCCGUGCUCUCCACAUCCCGCCUGCAAGCCGAACAGGAGUGGAGGCGCGCCUAUCUGAUUCUGACCUUUGCGACCCACGCAUACAUAUGGGGCGGAGAUAAACCGUCGGAGCACCUGCCGCCCCAGAUCACCGUGCCGCUGCUCGAGGUUUCGAAGCAUCUCGAUCUGCCCCCGGCUGCAACCUAUGCCGCCACGAACCUGUGGAACUUCCGCACCACGGCCGAGGGUGCCCCCUUUAGUGACCUUGACGCCAUCGAGUCUCUCGUCACAUUUACCGGGACCCCGGAUGAAUCUUGGUUCUAUGCCGUCAGCGUUGCACUCGAGUGCGAGGGCGGCAAUGUGAUCCCCGUCAUGAUUUCGGCCAUGAACGCCAUCCCAAACAACGAUCUGGCCGCCUGCAGGCAAAACAUUGCGGCGCUGCACAAGCUCAUGGCAUGUAUCCGCAGAGUCGGCGACAUCCUCGACCGCAUGCACGAGCGCUGCGGCCCGGACGUCUUUUACCAUGCUAUCCGGCCCUUUCUGGCUGGCAGCAAAAACAUGGCUGAUGCCGGCCUUCCGCGCGGUGUGCUCUACGACCAAGGUGACGGCAAGGGUGACUGGCUGGGUCUCAGGGGUGGGAGCAACGGACAGAGCAGUCUGAUCCAGUUCUUCGACAUUGUGCUGGGCGUUGAGCACAAGGCAACCGAGAACCAGAACUCGGACCUGAAGAAGCACGAGGACAAGGAGCUGCCCUUCCACGAGGAGGUGCGCGCCUACAUGCCUGGCCCCCAUCGUCGCUUUCUUGAAUACGUGCGAUCCCUGCCGAGCAUCCGUGACUUUGCACUGCAGCCGAUGGAGACAGACGAGGCCAUUGGAGAACGAGAUGAUGAUGAUGAGGAGGAGGAGGAGGACCACGAGCUCAUGGCGGAGCGUGGCCUGCUGAGGAGCACCUUCACGCGGGCGACCCGGGUGCUGGCUGGUCUGCGAAACAAGCACUUGCAGAUCGUGGCGCGCUACAUCAUCCUGCCGUCGCGUAGGCAGCAGCAGCAGGUUCGAGCUGGCCUGGGUCAGCAACCGGGUCAGAGGAACAUUGGACUGGCCGGCGUGGCGUGGCGUGAGCCGCCUCAGAACCCGGUAGCGAUACCCAAGGAUGAUGGAGAUGGUGUCGCUGGUGGUGGCCAGCGGAAGAGGCGCAUGUCAGAGACUCAGCUCACGGGUACAGGUGGAACAGCCUUGAUGCCCUUCCUCAAACAGGUUCGGGAUGAGACGGUACGGGCUGGGCGGCCGGAUGAAGUGGAGAUAGAGGCGUAA